UGCGUCAGGUUCGAGUUGAGAGAGAGAGAUAGAGUGAGCGAGCUACUACUACUACUACUACUACUGUGGAUAUCUGCGGCACUUGGAUUUUUUCCUGUUGUAAAAGAAAAAAAAAUGAAGGCGAUCAGUCCUGUUCGCUCCGUGAGAAGUUGCUACGAGGCUGUGUGUUGUAUCUCGGAGCAGAGUUUGUCCAUCAGCCGGAGCAGGAGUCCCAGUGAGGAGCCGGUUGGCGCGCUGAACGACAUGAACGACUGCUACUCCCGUCUGAAGGAGCUGGUCCCGAGCAUCCCGCAGAAUAAAUCCGUCAGUCAGAUCGAGAUCCUUCAGCAUGUCAUCGACUAUAUUUUCGAUCUCCAGAUCGCGCUGGAAAGCCCUACAGGAGCUCCAGACAUGCUGAAAGCGGCACUCAAGAGCUCAGAGAUCAAGCACAGUCUGUCCAAAGAAAGUGAUGGAGCUCUGUGCCAUUAGAAGAGCGCGCGCCUCGAGUUUUUCCAUCGGUGCAGGACAGAAACUUCUCCAGUCAUGGACAAGAGAGAGGGAGUGAAGGGGCUGAACACACACACACACACACACACACACAAGGAGUACGGCUAUUCAGAGUGUGGGAAAAGAACCUGCACCCCACUCGAACCAUGCAGUCUUUGGUCACUGGACACUUGAACACACCAAAGCUGAAGAUUUCUGAAGUUGAAGCUCUCUUAUAAAGUUUUUUUGGUUUUGUUUAACUGUACAAUCAUUCCUCUUUUUGUGAUGCUACAAUCAGGCAUUGUGUAUUGCUGACUGGUUACAUUCCAAGCUAUUAGGACGACACACACUUUACAUUCCUGAGUUACUCUGAGUCAGUCUCUCUCUCUCUCUCUCUCUCUCUCUCUCUCUCUCUCUCUCUCUCUCUCUCUCUCUGUGAUAACACUGCAGUGUUUUAAAGUAAUUUCCAAUCCAUUUGGUUAUCAAAUUAUCUUUAUCAUUUAAGUAUGUGUACAUAUAUAUAUAUUUUUUUUUUCCUUUUUCUUUUUUUGUUCGAGUCAGGUGUGUAUGGAUUAUAAACAGAUUAUUAUGUGAACUCUAUAAAUAUAGAGUGAAUUGUAAAUGUUUGUGGGGAUUCUACAUUUCUGCAGACUGUAUAUGUAUCUGCUGAGUUUUAUAAACUCUCAUCGGUUGUGUUUUUGUAUACAUUCAACUUUUUUGGCAUAAUGAAAUAAAUCACUUGAACAAAAAUGAA